AUGGUCAGCUCGGCAACUAUGCUUUCACUUUCAGAACCCAGCAACGACUUCUCAAUUCUCAUACUAGCCAUCUUCUGGUACCUAUGGACAUUCACGAACCCAAAAAAGGGAACAACAAUGGUGGCUGCACUCCCACCAGGACCCCGUGGCGUACCGAUACUCGGAUCCAUCCCAUUCCUCGGCACAAACCUGCACAAAUCGUUCUCCGAAUUGGCUCACCGGUACGGCCCAAUCUACAAGCUCUGGCUCGGGGAAAAACUGUGUGUCGUGAUAACCUCACCAUCCCUGGCAAAACAAGUGGUCCGUGACCAAGACUCUGUUUUGUCCAACAGAGACGCUCCUAUUGCGGCGCUAGUCGCCUCGUACGGUGGAAUUGACAUCGCGUGGUCCCCCAGUGGGUCCCACUGGCGAAACAUGCUUAAAAUAUUUGUCAGAGAAAUGCUCAGUAAUAGCAGCCUGGACUUCUGGUUUAACGCUGUUUUGAGCAUGUUGUGGGGGAGCACAUUUGACAGCCAGAGGGUUAGUACUACUAGUGGUAGGCUUGUUGCCAAGUUUCGAGCAGGGACUGGGAAAAUUAUGGAAAUUCUGGGGAAGCCGAACGUUUCGGAAUUCUUUCCCGUGCUUGCUAGGUUUGAUUUUCAGGGAUUUGAGAGGGAGAUUAAGCUGGUGCUCGUCGAUGUGGCGCGGAUUUUUGAUUCUGUGAUAGAUGCGAGGGUGAAAAUGGGUACGGGGGAUAGUGAUGAGGCGCACAAGCCAGAGGUAAUGAAAAAAGUCCAAGAAGAAUUAUCAGAUAUUGUAGGGAUUAACAACAUUGUCGAAGAGUCCCAUUUGCCCAAAUUACUCUUCUUGGACACAGUCAUGAAGGAAACACUUCGUCUACACACUGCACUCCCUCUUCUAGUCCCCCGGUCUCCUAACCAAUCUUGCAUAGUCGGUGAAUACACCAUACCAGAGGGUACCAAGUUGUUAUUGAAUGUUUGGGCAAUGCAUAGGGAAUCUAAAGUAUGGGACAAUCCAUCAGAGUUCAGGCCAGAGAAGUUCUUGGGCGACCACAACAAAUGGGACUACACCGGUAACAAUUUUCAGUAUCUUCCAUUUGAAUCUGGGCAAAGAAUUGUUGGGGAAAAUCGAUGA